UUCUGGGAGGUGAUCAGUGAUGAGCAUGGCAUUGACCCCACUGGAAGUUACCACGGGGACAGUGAUCUUCAGCUGGAAAGAAUUAAUGUGUACUACAAUGAAGCUUCAGGUGAGUUAAGUUGUGUGAUGUCCUGAGCCACAAUGGUCUGGUAAAUCUGGCAAUUGUCCAAUUCGGGCUAAACACUACAAAACCAAAAAUGGUUCUCCUAGUUAACAUUAUUAGCCCUGUACGAUUGUUUUGAAAGGAUUUGAAUUUCUUGUAAGUGCUAUUUUUGACUUUUCAGGUGGAAAGUAUGUGCCACGUGCAGUACUUGUGGACUUGGAGCCUGGGACCAUGGACUCCGUGAGGUCUGGACCAUUCGGUCAAAUCUUCAGGCCUGACAACUUUGUCUUCGGUAAGAAACUGUCUUGGUCGUUUGACCAUAAAUUAACUUGGAAGUGGUCUAUGGGCCAGGAUUAGUUGCAUGUUACUACAAUAAACCUUCAUUACUUGACUACAGGCACCACAGGCAAACCGUUGGCAUUGGUUACUCAAAACAAAGGGUUGCCAUGUCACUUAAUUAGCUUUGUCAUCUCCUGCUUUAGUGUUUGCAUAAUCAGUCACUAGGGCCCAGUUUCAUCUCAUGUUAUCUUUACAUUAUACUUCUGUCCAUUACAGGUCAGAGUGGAGCAGGUAACAACUGGGCCAAGGGCCACUACACCGAGGGUGCAGAGCUGGUUGACUCCGUCUUGGAUGUGGUGAGGAAGGAGGCUGAGAGCUGUGACUGCCUGCAGGGCUUCCAGCUCACCCACUCCCUGGGAGGUGGAACCGGCUCUGGCAUGGGCACCCUGCUCAUCAGCAAGAUCCGUGAGGAGUACCCCGACCGCAUCAUGAACACUUUCAGCGUGGUGCCCUCCCCUAAAGUGUCAGACACUGUGGUCGAGCCCUACAAUGCCACCCUCUCAGUCCACCAGCUGGUAGAGAACACAGACGAGACCUACUGUAUCGACAACGAGGCGCUCUACGACAUCUGCUUCCGUACCCUCAAACUCACCACGCCCACCUACGGAGACCUCAACCACCUGGUGUCUGCGACCAUGAGCGGGGUCACCACCUGCCUUCGCUUCCCCGGCCAGCUCAACGCUGACCUGCGCAAACUGGCAGUCAACAUGGUGCCCUUCCCCCGUCUCCACUUCUUCAUGCCCGGCUUUGCCCCCCUCACCAGCAGGGGCAGCCAGCAGUACAGAGCCCUGACAGUUCCAGAGCUCACUCAGCAGAUGUUUGACUCGAAGAACAUGAUGGCCGCCUGCGACCCUCGUCACGGCCGUUACCUCACGGUGGCUGCAGUCUUCCGCGGGCGCAUGUCCAUGAAGGAGGUGGACGAGCAAAUGCUGAACGUACAGAACAAGAACAGCAGCUACUUCGUUGAAUGGAUCCCCAACAACGUCAAGACUGCAGUCUGUGACAUUCCUCCCCGAGGCCUCAAGAUGGCUGCCACCUUCAUUGGAAACAGCACUGCCAUCCAGGAGCUGUUCAAGCGCAUCUCUGAGCAGUUCACAGCUAUGUUCCGCCGUAAGGCUUUCCUCCAUUGGUACACAGGAGAGGGCAUGGACGAGAUGGAGUUCACUGAGGCAGAGAGCAACAUGAACGACCUGGUGUCUGAGUACCAGCAGUACCAAGAUGCCACUGCAGAGGAGGAGGGCGAGUUUGAAGAGGAGGAGGGUGAAGAGGAGUUGGCUUAAAUCGUCAGUUUUCUUUCCUUGUGAAACAUCUGACUGGUGUUGCUUUUUCACUUUUCAUGUUUCCUGUAUCUGGCAACCUUUGGCUGUACUUUAUUUUUUAUUAUACCCGCAAU